AUGGUUGGGAUCACGACUUUCUGGGUUGUAACUCUCAUCAGAGCAUAUAUCCAUGCACUCGAAAAAGGUUAUGUCGGCACAGAAAUUCGCGAUCCAAACGCAGCCAGUGUCCUCACCUCAUUUGAGAACGGGAAGAAUGUGUCGGAAGUCUGGGUUGGCAUCACCCAGCACAUUGUCGGCGGUCUUGGGGUCCGUACAAGCAAAGGCAGAGAAAUCUGCCAUGCUCAUGCUACUCGAAUCCACGAGAUGACAUGGGUCCUGGCUGACCUACCUCGAGGUUCAGAAAGGACAACAUACUACGGGAGCGAUGCCCCAGUAGGCGCUGGUGCCCUUUCUUUUCGCAGUCCUUCCCAACGGGGUCUUUGA